UUUUCCAGGAUGUUUAUUCACGUUCAGUCCUUUAAUAACAGAAGAAACUGUGACAUGUAUUUAUUGUUUCAACUCUUUGCUGUGUCAACAGUUCUAGAAUUGGUAAAGUCUUUAAGCUGUGCGGAGGAUUCCACCUUUAUAAAAGACAAAUCGUUUUCCAAUUUACGGAUACUAGAGGGCGGAAUACGUAACCACGAUGGUGUUGAAAAUCAAGCAAGUUGCUCUUUGAAAUGUGAAAGACGUUCUGAUUGCAGAUCGUUCUUUUUCAACAAGAAUACUGCUAAGUGCCAAAUUAAUUCUGUGAUUUACCUUUCUAAAGAUGGAUCAGAAGUGGAUGAAGGAGCUGCAUUCUUCAGGAAAAAAAUGGAGUGUCCUGCACUGCCGUCAGUACCAAACUCUCAACCAGAGUUUGACGUGAACUCUGCCCCUAACGCCACAGGGACGGUACUGAAGUAUACGUGCAAUGUUGGGUACUCGCCACAGGGGAGUGUCAGGUGUCAAGUAGACGGCACGUGGACUCAGAUGUCCUGCACUGAAGCGUACGCACUAGAACUGGCCCUGCCUGUUGUCCACGCACAAACCCCGUACUCAGUUUUCAUCCUUGAACCGGGCGUGGCAACUAUCGAAGACCCCAACCCCAUACCCAGUAAUAGGACUAAUAUCCACACCCAAUCACAAUACACAGUUUUCGCACCAGAACUGGCCCUGCGUGCUGUCCAUGCCCCAACCCCGUAUUCUGUUUUCGCUAUUGAAUUGGCCCUGGCAUCCUUCAAACACCCCAACCCAAUACCCAGUUAA